AUGGCGUGCCCUAAAAACUCCAUCACUUACAACGCCACGAGCUGCGCUUGCGGGAUUGGCCAGCUUCUAAACCGAAACUCAGGAAGCUGCGAGAUCUUCGGAUGGCCGUCGACGAUCUCGUCGGACAAAGACGUCAACUACAGCGGAGUAUCAUUCGCCGAGACGAUAUUCGCCUUCGACAGGAUCCGGAAGUUCACGCAGUCUCAGGCUAUCUUCCUCGAAGCCACGCUCGUGAUGCUUCUCUCGUGGCUGCUCUUUUGCUUCUUCCUCAGAUUCACCAAGCUCGGCGACGGUCGUAAUAUCUGGUUCAAUCUCCGCUGGUGGAUUACUCGACUCGAUGUCUUCUUCUCCACUAGGCAUUGGCUCGAUGAUCAGCAGAUUUUGAAAAAACGGAAAACGGAACUUGGCGGAACAUUCUCUGUAGCGAGCUGGAUCGUCUUCAUCGGAUUAUUCGCUGCGCUGCUUUACCAAAUCAUAACCAAGAGAACCAUGGAAGUUCACAACGUGAGAGCUACUAAUUCUCCAGAUCUAAUCUCAUUCGAGAACGAUCUGGAGUUUAACAUCACUGCCGUCUCUGACAUGAGCUGCUCCAAUCUACGCGGUAUUGGGAAUUUAGUCACUGGCAAUCCUGGAUUCAGCGACUUCAAAGUUUCAUCUCUUUCCACUUUUGGAAACUAUACUUGUAGAAAUACAACUUCAGGCCCAACUGUGAAUUUCAAGUGUAGCAAAUGUCGUCUCACAAACGAUUACUUCUACAUCUCUUGGCACUUCGUUGAUCUUCCUGAUUCCCCUGCCGCUGCUGUUGGAUUUCAGUUUAACUUCACUUGCAAGAAUGGAAGUAACAAGAAGGAGAUGAGUUAUGUUAGUGGCACUCUGAGAAACGGAAGCAUUCUUGAUGAGAGACCGGUUACUUUCCGUGGAACCGAAGGGAACGUACUGAAGUUUAAUCUGUUCCCUCGGAUUUACCAUCAUUUGCAUGAUCUUAAGCUGAUUCAGCCUCUGUUUCACGAGUUUAUCCCUGGCUCAGUUUACCGGGACACUGCUCAGCUUCAGGCUUCUAUGGGGAGGUCAGCAGAUGGCAUACUCAACACCACACUGUUCAUCAACUAUCUGUCUGCUUAUAUUGUUGAGAUCGACCAUGAAAAUAUACUUGGUCCUGUUAGCUUUCUUGCUGAUCUUGGUGGUCUAUAUUGCAUCAGUAUUGGCAUAUUUUUCUACCUACUAGUGCAGUGUGAGUACAGGAUCAAGAAUCUGCGAAAUGAAGAUACUAUAUUCAGGAGGAUACGGAGGCGUCGUAAAGCUCUUGACCACUGGGAUAAACUGAGAAGAUAUGUUGCAUACACAUGGGACUGCAGCAUAUUGGUCGAUGAUGCCAUCAAAACGACAACGAUGUCAGCAAUCUGUGGUUUAGCGAGACCUCCAGCAUCUCCUACUAGCUCUAACUCGGGACGUGGACCACCGAGAACAAAAAUGCAGCAAUCUAUUAUGCCGAACAAGAAACCUGGCUUAAGUAUUGAGAAGAAUGUAGUUCCACAACCUGCAAGCCUAGAAAUGACAUCUUUCGAUUCGGCUUCUUCUUUAGCUCAUGGAGACAACAUCCCAAAUAAGAAGAGCAUAAGCCAGUCUUCUCAAAGCCAUCCAAUUUCUCAUAGUGCCGACGAUACAAUCCCUCCACCUCCCCCAAUGGAGUUCAGUGAAGGGUCCUCUGGUUCAGAAGUGGACGCAAUCGACAUCAAGAAGAAAUUUCAGCUUCUUUACGACUACAAUGUACUGCUUAGGGAAAAACUUAUAGAUACUCAGUCUUUACUCAAUAAAUUGGCAGCCAAUGCAUCAACAUCUUCAACCACGGAACAUGGUGCCUAG